GCGGCCCCGCCCCGCGCAGGCGCAGUGCGCUCCGGGCAGGCGCCGCGCUGUCAUGGCGGAGAAGGUGCAGAAGUGCGUGAAGAUCGCCCCGGGGGCCGUGGUGUGCGUGGAGAGCGAGAUCCGCGGGGACGUGACCAUCGGGCCCAGGACCGUCAUCCACCCCAAGGCCAGGAUCAUCGCCGAAGCGGGACCCAUCAUCAUUGGGGAAGGCAACCUGAUCGAGGAGCAGGCCCUCAUCAUAAAUGGGUACCCGGAAAAUAUCACGCCAGAAACUGAAGAUGUGGAGCCCAAACCGAUGGUCAUCGGCACCAACAACGUUUUUGAGGUUGGGUGUUAUUCCCAAGCAAUGAAGGUGGGAGAUAACAACGUCAUCGAAUCCAAAGCGUUUGUUGGCAGGAACGUCAUCCUGACGAGCGGCUGCAUCAUCGGGGCCUGCUGUAACAUCAACACCUACGAGGUGAUCCCCGAAAAUACCGUCAUCUACGGGGCCGACUGCCUCCGCCGCGUCCAGACCGAGCGGCCACAGCCCCAGACACUGCAGCUGGAUUUCCUGAUGAAGAUCUUGCCCAACUACCAUCACCUAAAGAAGACCGUGAAGGCCACGUCCACUCCCGUCAAGAGCUGAGCACCUUCUGCCACUGUGGGUUUCAUCUGGCUCUGUGAAGCACUACAAGGCCCAGAGAAGUGGCCAGUCCCCUUGCCUCUCAUUCCAUCCUUAAAAAGAAUAGUCUUGCUUAUUUGUGUCCUUUAUUUAUAUUCCACCGAGCAUCUCGUAACAGCCUUGCGUCUGCUGUCUCUCACGCACUAACUCUGUUGCUUUGUUUUUUGGAAUAAAAUGUCACCUGCUUUGCUUUUCUUUCGA